AUGCUCUCAUUCCGUAAAAUCGUGUGUUCCGAGGCAGCGAAGUCUUUUUACGGUCUCGCGUGUCUCCAAGAACUCACGCUCGGCCGUAAAAAGACUAAAGCUCAGAAAAAUCAAACACCUCGAAAGAGGACGAGGACAGCCUUCACUAGCUAUCAACUGUUGGAGCUGGAGAAGCAAUUCAAUGUUUCAAAAUAUUUAAAUCGACCCCGCAGAGUUGAAUUGUCAAUGAUUUUGUCCCUAACCGAGCGACAAAUCAAAAUUUGGUUCCAAAACAGGAGGAUGAAGAACAAAAAAGACAAACAAUCAUCAUCUCUGAAGAAAUCUGAUGAUGAUUGUGAAAAGCAGAACUGCCUUCAGUACCCUAUUGAGGUUUCAAAUUACCAGAUAGAGCCACAAAUGGUUCAAGAUCAGAAUUUUUGUUAUAAAGAUCAAAUAGAGUAUCCUUCUUGGCAGGGAAAUUCUUAUCAGUACCAACAUAGUUUCCAAUCCAAUUCCUAUCCAUAUGAAUUUAACCAACAGAAAAAUAUCCAAUGCAUACAGUAUGAGAACCACUACGUUUCCGGAGUCGAAAAUUACCAGAUGGAGCAAGAAUUGGCUCAAGAGCAGGACUUUUGUAAGGAACAGAGGCUAGAGAAUUCUUAUCAGGAAAAUUCAUACCAGGACAAACAAUGUGAAUUUCAGGAUUCCGUUUAUACCUCGUAUCAGUACCAAGAAUCUGCUGUUUUUCAAUACCAGGUUCCUCAGGAGAACAGGUAUUCUUCCGAGCCAGAAGUACAUGUAUUUGAUGAUGUCAAUUUUUCAUUAGAAAAUAACACCAAUUUUCAACAACCGCUUUUAUGUUUUUCGGCAAAAGACAAUAACAGUUGA